GGGUGUUUUUGCCUCUUAUACGUUGUCCAAUAUGAAAGAAUCUUUCGGAAAAUUUAAUUUUACAACAAUUCCAAUGAUGAAAUUUGAAACAUUCUUCGAAAAAGAAACAACCAAACUCUGGUUUAGGAGCAAUUGGCAUUACUCUGUUCAUAUUUCAAUAUUCUACUUAUUUUUUAUAUUUUCCAUGCAGAAAUUUAUGAAGAACCAUAAAGCUUUGCAAUUAAAGAAACCAUUGAUUAUGUGGAACAUGGCACUGGCAUUAUACAGCAUUGCUUCUACCAUAAGAUUUAUUCCCGUACUCAUUCAAGUAAUUUACAAAUUAGGAUUUACUUAUUCGGUUUGUAUAUCGGAACCGCUUGCGGAAGUAUUUCCUCAUGCCAUAUUCUGGACAGUACUGUUUGCAAUCUCUAAAUUAAUUGAGCUGUGCGAUACAGUAUUUAUAGUUCUGAGAAAAAGAAAGUUAAUUUUUCUUCAUUGGUUUCAUCACGUUGUUACGUUCAUAGUUACGUGGUAUUCGACAAAAAGCCUUGUCGGUGUCAUAACCUGGCUUAUCACGAUGAAUUGCUUUGUGCAUUCGUUAAUGUACACGUAUUACGCAAUAACCUCAUACGGAAUUAAAUUGCCACGAUAUGUUGCCAUGUUCGUCACGUGUAUACAAACAUUGCAGAUGAUAACUGCUAUAUUUGUAGUCGUUUGGGCUACUUUGAGUAAAUGGAGCGGGUACGAAUGUGAUAUUCAUGAUACAGCAAUAACAGUAUACUUUGUUGUAUAUGUUAUGUACUUUUACUUGUUUAUUCAAUUGUUUUAUAAUUCUUAUAUCUCAAACUCGAGCAUUAAAUUUAAAAAAUUUUAA